AUGGCGACCUUGCUGCGCCGUCAGAGAGACAGCUCCAAAUACAACAAGUACCCGCUCGCCAAGUUCACCGUCUCGUCUUCAUCUCCUCGUAGCAAUCAACAGCCGCAACCUGGAUCCAUCAUGUCAUCUCCAUCGACAGUACAGGAAGUUGCAGACAGCCAGGAGCUCACCAGCGACGGCAAGCGCUGUCUUUCGCAACUGGAUCGUCCAGCAAAAUUUCGACGUGUCACAGCCGAGACGGACUACGUUCCUGCUUCAAUUGAAGAUGCGCUCCUCAGGCUGAAGACGAACAGACUUCUCGAAUACAACCAACUUGUCUACAUCUUCCCAAUGGCCAAGCCCAACAUACAAGCACCAGACAACACGCUGUUCUCUCUCAUGGACAAGGUCGAGGAGUUUCUGGCAGGCGACGGUCAAGUCAUGCUGAUUAUGGGUGAAUCUGGAGCCGGCAAAUCGACUUUCAAUCGACAUCUGGAGCACCGACUCUGGCAAGACUAUGAGCCUGGAGGACGUAUCCCACUCUUCAUCAAUUUGCCAGCCCUCGACCGACCGGACAAGGAUAUGGUUGUAGAGCAGUUGAAGACGGCAGACUUUUCAGAGGGUCAUAUCUGGGAUCUAAAACAGAGCCACCAGCUUUUAUUAAUCUGCGAUGGCUAUGAUGAGAGCCAGCUCACCUCCAACUUGCACACCACCAACCUCUUCAAUCGACCUGGUCAGUGGGACGUCAAGCUGAUCGUCACUUGCCGCACCCAGUACCUCGGUCCUGACUAUCGUGAUCGCUUUGCGCCUAAGGCGACCGGUCAGUAUCACUGCACUGCCAGCAAUCUCUUUCAAGAAGCCGUCAUCGCCCCCUUCUCCAAGGAACAGAUCGAGCUGUAUGUCGAAAAGUUUGUCCCACUCAUUCCGCGGACUUGGGUCAAGAAGGACUACAUGGACAAGUUGACAACUAUCCCCAACCUCAUGGAACUGGUCAGGAACCCCUUUCUGUUGACCCUUGCUCUGGAAGCACUCCCAUCCGUCGUCAAGAACAAUACCACUCUCUCAAAUCUCCGCGUCACCCGUGUUGAGCUCUACGACACAUUUGUCGAUCACUGGCUGAAGGUCAACAAGCGCCGCUUACAGGACCAGACGCUGAAGGAUAAACACAAGGCAUUUGAAGAUCUCCUCGCGGACGGAUUUGUUCAGAGUGGCAUUGUCUUUCAGAAAGAUCUGGCAGAGGCGAUUUUUCAGGAACAGGAGGGCCGACCUAUCGUCGAAUAUUCCAACAGGCGGGACAGAUCGUCGUGGAAAGCGCGCUUCUUUGAUUCUGAACCUGAGAAAUUCCUGCUCAGAGAUUCCAGUUUGCUGAGUCGCACCGGCAACCAGUACCGCUUCAUCCAUCGAUCUGUCUUGGAGUAUUUCUUCUCCUGUUUCAUAUGGGACGCCUCCAGGGAUGAUGAUGAGUUUGCUCCGCAUAUUUAUUCAGAAGCUACUGGGGUAUCUCUUCCUGUCACCGAUCAUCCACUCUCCAAGAGGAGUCUUGUCCCCGAGCCGUCGGUGAUCCAGUUUCUCGUCGAGCGUAUCCAAAUGCAGCCAAUCUUCAAGAAAUACCUUCUCGCACUCGUUGAGCUUUCCAAGUCGAAUCCUCAUGCUAUCAUGGCUGCAGCCAAUGCCAUGACUAUCCUUGUCAGAGCCGGUGUCCGAUUCCAUGGAGCUGACCUUCGAGGCAUUCGCAUCCCAGGAGCCGACCUCACAGGUGGACAAUUCGACUCUGCGCAGUUUCAGGAUUCCGACCUAACAGGAAUCACCUUCACCAAGGCUUGGAUCCGACAGGCGGACUUCACUAGAGCACGAAUGGACGAGACACGGUUUGGAGAGCUGCCUAGUUUGCAUGAAGCGAUGGCGGUACUGUCAUGUGCAUUUUCCCCAGAUGGAAAGUCUUUUGCGACGGGUCUGGAUAACGGCAACAUCAGUAUCUACGACACAACCACCUGGACAAGGAUUCGGCUACUUCAUGGUCACAAAGCGGCCGUUCAGAGCCUCGCCUAUUCAACCACCGGCCUUCAGCUUCUCUCCGGCGGUUCUGAUGGUACGGUGCGACUGUGGGACUAUAAGAGCGACGUGACUGAUCGUAUUCUGAAAGGACAUUCCUGGGAGGUGAUAGCUGUUGCGUUUUCACCCUCAGGCAUGCAGUUCGCCUCAGCCAGCGCAGACAUGUCAGUGAAACUAUGGGACACCCGAACAGGAACCGUCACCUUUGCCAUAAACCAUUCUGGCAGUGUGACAGGGAUCGCCUAUUCGCCAGACGGGAACAACAUUGCAUCCUGCUGCCGACAUGAAAAAGUCCGAGUAUUCGACACGCAGACGGGCUUACAGGUACUGAGUUCUGGAACGAGCUACGAGAGGUACUACUGCCUUGCGUAUUCCCCUAACGGACAGUCGAUCGUCUCGGGCGACUUCUUCGGCUAUCUACAACUCUGCGACGGGACCACCAUGAUGCCGAGGAUCAAAUGGAGAGGACAUUCUGGAACAGUGACAAGCGUCGAGUUUUCGCCGAACGGCCAAUGGAUUGUGUCUGGCGGUGACGACAGUACGGUCAAGGUGUGGGGUAUAGAUGCAGCCACACUUGUCUCUGUAUUCACGGGCCACACCAGCUGCAUCACCAGUGUUGCAUUUUCCCCAGACGGCUCACUCAUUGCUUCAGGAGGCUGGGAUCGAACUGUACGGCUCUUGGAGGUGAACUCGGCUGGGUUUGGUUUCGACGUAGAUGGCGCCUUCGACUCCAAGCCAAGUGUAGCCUAUUCUCCUGAUGGACAGUUUCUCAUCUCUGGCAGUCGCGCUGGAGUGGUACAGCAACACGACGCGGAGAGUGGCGAGAUUGGUCUUGUCAUUCGCCGCCAAGAGUUCCGAGCCAAUUCUAUUGCUUAUUCAUCGGACGGUCGUCAGAUUGCGAUGGGUGGUUCAGGAGGCGAUAUCACGUUGUGGAGCGCUCACACCGGCGCCCUAGAGAUCAUUCUUCGUGGCCAUACUGAGGAUGUGAGUGCAGUUGCGUUCUCACCAUGCGGCCAAUGGAUUGCUUCCAGUGAUAAGCUGACAGUGCGACUUUGGGAUGCUCGAUCAGGCACGUCUAUUCAAGUCAUCUCUGGCGACCGCGUCUAUGCCGUUCGAUCCCUGUCGUUUUCGUACAGCGGUACUAAAAUUGCAUUUGGAGGCAACUCUGGAACAGUCCAAGUCUGGGAUGUGACGACCAGGAAGUGCAAGAUGGAAAUGGGUGGAGGCAGCUUUGGAAACAGCUUUGUGAGAUAUUUACCGAGGAGUCUUCAGGUUGUUUCCUGUGACGGUUUGAAAGGUGCUCAUUUGUGGGAUGAAGAAGAUCGACAUGCCCGAGUCAUUUUGCAGCACAGUCGUAUUACCAUCCAAGACUUUGCAUUCUCGAGUUGCGGUCAAUGGAUAGCAAGUGUUGAAGGUAACAGGGUUCACCUGUGGAGAAGCUCUCAGGAGGAGAGACCACAGGACUGGGAGUAUGUGCUGGCCGUCGAGGGUUGCUUAGGGAAGAUUGAGGAGGUUGUCUGGAGGCCUAACAAGUUGGAAUUUGCCACCGCCGAUGUGGGUGGAUCCACUCGUGUGUGGAAGGUCGUGGAGAAGUCCGGCAGAGUGCGGGUCCAAUUGGUGUGGGGUAAUGGAGGAAGUGCCCUUGUUGCCUCGGGAUCGGUCCUUGACGAUGUCGUUGGUCUUAACACGUUCAACCGGAACUUGCUGGAGCAGCCCGUUGUCGACAACGAAUACCUCUCUUUAUCGGAUGACGAAAGUUUGCAAGUCGAAUACGAUGUUGAAAACCUCCAAUGUCUCCAGUCCGAAUAUGAGAGCGAUAGUUCGAUUUCGUCGACCAGUUCUCGUGGUCACUUUCCAUUGCAGGUUCCGAUGGAACCUGAUGGCCAUUAUUAUUUCUGGGACAUCGAGCUAUAG